AUGGAUAAAGAGAGCGAGUACGAUAGGAUAACGGACGAGAUGAUAGAGAAAAAGAUCGUUGACAGAAUCGAUAAAUUAAUAGACCGGAAAGUGGCAGAGCUGUUAGCGAUAAAGAGUGAUAAGGAUCAGGAGGAGAUAAGAAGAACGAAGGUUGAAGAAAGAGUCCCUCUGCCGGCACCACCUGCAUGGUGCAAGGCUGGAGCGGGGAGCGAGGUGAAGGGGAACGAAGCGAAGGAGAAACAAGUGCAACCGAGGCGAGAAGAGGAGAAGAGGAAGGAUAACAUGCAAGAGAGAAGACAAGUGGAAAGAAGGAAAGAGGAAAGAAGAGUGAAGAUCCCAAGAAGGGUUAGAGAAGAAAAGACGGUGGCGAUAGCGAUUCAAAUCCCGGUAAGUAUGGAAGGGAUGACGUACGCGGAAGUGCUCAGGAAAGCAAAGGAGGAGAUAAAUAUCGACGAAAUGGGUAUCGACCAAAUUAAAACGAGGACAACGCUCACUGGAGGAAGAGUAAUGGAGAUAGGGGGUGAAAACGCGAAGGAGAUAACCAAGGAGUUAUCCGAGGAAGAGGCAAAACAGGCAGUUGCGGAGAUAGGAGGAUGUGACAAGGAGGAAAUAGUCUGUGGAAGAAUUAGGAAAACGGCGAAUGGACUGGGCACCCUGUGGUUGCGGCUGCCAAUUAGAACAGCGUGGAAUGUUGCGAGGAUGAAACAAGUGAGGAUCGGAUGGACAAUGGCGAAUGUAACGCUAUUAGAAAAAAGGUAG